AUGAAAAGGUAUACUGAUCAGGCGAGGCACACAAAGAAGACUCUGAUUAACGUUGGUGAUUUGGUUAUAUAUAAACAACAAAAGAAGAACAAGUUUUCAACAAAAUUCAAUCCAGCCCCUUACAAAGUGAUUAAAGUCCACGGUGCCACAAUUACAGCCCAACGACACUCUCAUCAAAUUACCAGAAACAUAUUCUAUUUCAAGCGUCUUAACCUUGGUGAAAAAGAGCGACAAUACCAUUUUGAUGAUCAACCGUCAGAUGAAGAAGAGGAUGAGAUAGCUUAG